UAAUUGAGCACUGUCAAUUGAUUUUUUCUGAGUACAAAUCACUAACCAGUCGGUCAUGUAGACCGCAAGUAGCAAAAUUACUCCCCACUGAAAAAUUAUAAGGCUAAGAUUCACACACACACACACUCCUCAUACUAAAAUCAAGAGUAUCCGAUGGGCUGCUGCGGCGACGAUGACGACGGCGACGGCGGAUCACCGUUGCCGUCCCUGGCGGCGCUACCUUCGGACCUCCUCGAACCGCUGAAUGCAUGUCUCCGCUACCGCGCGCACGGCGCGGCCAACGACAGCACAAUCUCCCCGAUGAAUUCCAAUUUCUCGGCCUUAUUAUGCGAGGACACUCUCCAGACCAUCUUGGAGAAGCUGUCCCUUCCUGACCUAGCUCGUUCUGCCUGCGUCUGCCGCCUCUGGCGGUCUGUUGCCUCCGAUAGGGACAUCCAGAUUCGCGCUUUCAUGUCACCCUGGAAGCUUCGGGACGUCAUCGGAAAACCUAGCUCUGGUGGGUUUUGGAGAGACAACUCCAUCUCGAGAUUCGCCGUCUCUCACCGUAUAUCUCGUGGGGACUCCGUGGCCAGCCUUGCUGUGAAGUACUCCGUUCAGGUAAAUAGGAAGUUAGAGCUGUGGAAGGACACGUUAGAGUCGAAAGACUUCAGACUUAGUAGGACGAAGACCGAGUACAUGACGUGCGCUUUCAGCAUAGCUACACAUGAUGAUGGUGACGUUAGCCUUGACGGGCAAGUGGUGGCCAAGAAGGAGACUUUUCGGUAUUUAGGAUCGAUGCUACAAAAGGAUGGCGGCAUUAAUGUUGAUGACGGCGAUUCGCCCGGCGAUGCUGAAUGUUGGCCUACAAAAAGGAAACAUGUCCAACAACUAAGUGUAGCAGAGAUGCGUAUGUUGCGUUGGUUCUGCGGGCACACAAGUGAUAGAAUCCGGAAUGAGAAUAUUCGAGAUAGGGUCGGGGUGGCUCCAAUUGAGGAGAAAUUGGUUCAACAUCGGCUGAGGUGGUUCGGACAUGUCCAACGGCGGCCUCCUGAUGCACCGGUGCGUAGGGGAGUUCUACAGCGGGUCGAUGAUCCUACUCCAACUUGCUUCGGACUAAAAGACUAUGUUGUUGUUGUUGUAUGGUUUAUGGGCACGUUCAGUUUGAACUCCAGAGGGUUUUACCUUUAUGUUCCUACAGAUCAGGUUAUGGACAUAAAGCGCCUGAACAACAUGAUGAGUGACCAUGGAAUAUACUCUAGGGAGCGACUCCUUAUCCCCGUAAGCAAACCCGAAAUCCUGGUGGAUUCCACAUGCUACAUUGAAGUUGAUACCCAAUCCAAAAGAGAGGUUGCUGUACUGUACCUUGAUGGUGGGCCUGGGCCUGACAGAAAUGUCAGCGGGCUUUUGAGUGGGCUGUCCACCGAAAGAGGCAAAAAGAGGGUUUUGGACUCUUUGAGGAGGAGCAUGCAAGUCGAUGAUGGCACCGCACAAUACUAUCUGUCUAUAUCAAAUGGCGACCCUCGAGCUGCCCUUACCCGUUUCUCUGAGGAUCUGAGGUGGGAGAGGCAUGUUGGCUUGGCUUAAUGUCUUUGAAUUAUGUAAAGAGUUUGUUGAAUAAGGAAGGGAUUUGCUACAUUGGGUUCUUCCUUGGGUUUGUUCGGAUGUGAAUUGUAUUUUUUCUUUGUAAUUGUAUUUUGUGUUGUGCCUCUGCAAAUUUAUCUGAGGAUCUGCCAUGCUCUUGUGUGGAGUUCUUAGUCUGAAACUUAUUGUGGUAGCCCUUUUGGUGUUUAAAACAUCGAUUUGUAUAUAACUCGCGAGCCAGGCCUUCACAUGCUCAUAUACUAUGUAACUUUGUUACUACAUCAAAUUUGAGUGAGUUUCGUCUCAGUUUAUACCUUUUCGUGCAACCAAA